AUGCUGCGCCUGCUCACGCACCUCAGACCCCACUCGUGCUCACUGGUUUCAGCUGCUCGGAAGAAUGCCUGUGCAAGAGGCGGAACUUUGCGCACUCCAUACUCGCGCACACUCUCAAUCAGUAGCCCUCUGAGCCCUCACAACUCCAUUUACAUCUCACAGUCCACGAACCCGUACUUCAACCUCUCCCUCGAAGACUGGCUCUUCAGACACAAGUCCCCGAAGGAGCCGCUGCUGUUGCUGUACCGCGACGAGCCAUGCGUCGUGAUCGGGCGGAACCAGAACCCGUGGAAGGAGGUGAAUAUGGAUGCCUCCCGGAGGACGGGGGUGCCGUGGAUCCGGAGACGGAGCGGUGGAGGGACUGUUUAUCAUGAUCUGGGGAACACGAACUUCUCGAUACACCUCCCCCGCACGUCCUUUGACCGGCACGCAACCGCACGAGUCAUCCUCCGCGCUGUCCGCUCGCUGGGCAUCGACGCACGUGUGAACGACCGGAACGACAUCUGCGUUGGAGAGUACAAGAUAAGUCGAAUCGUCAACAACAGGGCAUACCAUCAUGGCACGAUGCUUAUAUCCACGAGGCUCGACUUGCUUGGGGAUCUCUUGCGUGUGAGCAAGGACACAAUGCAUACGAAGGGCGUUGAGUCAGUGCGCUCGCCUGUGCGGAACUUACAGCACUUCGACUCGGCGGUGACCCAUGAACGUUUCGUGGAUGCUACUGUUGCCGCUUUCCGCAAGGAGUACGGCAUUGACGAACAGUCACGAACUGUUGAAGAAGACGAAGACGCUCAGAGCAUCGAGUACAUCCGAGAUGGCAUGGCCGAACUACCGAGCUGGAACUGGGCAUACGGCCAGACACCAGAGUUCUCGCACACCAUAAACAACACAUUUGCGUGGGGACAGUUGACUGCUCAUAUAAAGUCAAAGCACGGUGUCAUACUAUCAUGUAGUUUCGAGAUACCAGCUUCGGCGGACUCAACGUUGGACCAGCAUUUGACUGCGCUGAGCAAGAGGCUGGAGCAGCAGAAGUAUGGUUUCGUGGAGGAUAGCGCUCUGGGACCCGAGGUGCACAGCGGCGCACUAGGGGAGGUCUGGGAGUGGUUGCGUGCGGAGAUGGAUAGUCGGCCGUUCACUUAG